GGGGGGGGCGGAUUAACGCAGCGUCGGUGCCCAGUGUCGGUAGACUACAACAAACACAGGAGUGAUUGAGAGAAAAGCGUACAGGGAAGAAAUCCAUUUGCACCUGCUUGUCCUCCUCGGUCAGUGUCAGCAUCUCUCCGAGCUCUCUCUCUCCAGCCAGCACCCGGCUUUCAACCAUGUCUCUGUCCGGCUCGCAGACACCAGAGGACGGACUCUACGGCUCCUGGGUCGAGCUUGAGGAGCUGAUCGCUGCCGUGAGCCGCAGGGAGAGUCUGGCGGGACCGCAGGACAGCAUCUCCUCCGCCCUGCAGGGGGAGCUGGAGAGGAUCCUUCUGGAGGCACAGCUCGAGUGUGAGAGGAGUAGAGACAGUCCUCCACAGGCGGGGACUCCACAGUCCACUGGUUCCCCAAGACCCACUAGUGACCAGGACAGUGACUGUGUCACCAUACAAGAGGAAAGUGAGCGGCGAGGGGACACUGACUGGGUGUGGGAUUGGUCCAGUAGACCUGAAAAUAUGCCACCAAAAGAGUUUGUGUUUCAGCACCCGAAGCAGCAGGGCUCCCUCAGCGUUAGGAAGACAGAGGUGAUGAAGAGAGGAAUCUUCUCCUCUGAUGUUCUCCUCAUCCUUGGUCCGUCACUGCUGGCUUCACACCUGCUCACACUUGGAGUCGGGAUCUACAUAGGAAAGCGUUUGGCUGCUUCCACAACCAGCACGCUGUGACGUCGGCUGUAUGCCAGUGCCCCUAUUCGCAGUCUGGCCAAUAAGGUCACAGUCCGCCCUCUCUACCGCACUAAUUUGCCUCCUUCCUUCUUUGUCAUGGGGCAACCUUAGGACCCUGCCUGUCUGUACCUCUGUCUCUCUGUUCAUCUGUACAUCUGUCUACCCAGCAGCACUCUGCCAGUCUGUCUUUCUGUCAGCCUCUCUGUCAGUCUGUGCAUGUCGUAGGGCCCAGGGAGCGGAUGGAUGCCGACCGAUGAGUCAGACUGAGGUCAUUUUUACUCUCCCGGAGAGUAACACUGAUCUCAACCAGCUAAAGCAUAAUCAGAGAGGAGAGAUUGCCCAGAUACAAGAGAAAGGAGAGAAAGAGAAUUUUACCCAGCUAGAACAAUAAAUCCCUUUGGUAGGAGGAGAUGAAAAUGGUUAGUUGGGAACAGUAUGUUCAGACGAAAUGAGAAAGAUAAUAAGUGGUAGCCUUUCGCCCAACCUUUGAAAAAGCAAAAUGUCUGUCAUUUGUCAAAAGUAAUGACCCUCUGUAAGACUGAGCUGCUACAGUAAAAGUGGUUCAUGGGUUUUUUCUGCCUGAUGGUGUUUCUAACAUAGAGAGUUUUAGUUGGCUGAGUGAAUGUAGGACUGGCUCUGGUUGUGCUUUUUGUCCCAUAAACCAAUUAAAUAUUUGACCUCCGACAAAGACAAUCAUGAUCCUAUUAAACUUUACUCCUCAAAACCUUAA